CGGGAAGACGCGACGAACCAGCAGAACAACAAGCAAGAAGCAAAAAGACGGCAGCCACUGCCAAACCACAACAACAUCAUCAGCUGACAGAGUGCGUGGCGGUCGAGCGGAGGACAACCAGCAACCAAGACUCACCAACCAACAGACAGCCAUGUCGUCUCGCGUGCCCACCUAUGACCAAGACAUUGAGAAGUGCAAGUCGUUCUUGCAAGAGUUCCAGACUGGCGCUGGAGCCUCACGCCACUUCAAAUAUGGAACUCAGAUGCAAGAGAUUGUGAACCGGGAACGCGAUGUUCUCGAGAUUGAUCUCGACGAUGUCUACGAUUUUGGAAGCUCGGAUCUUGGUGACAACAUCCUCCAAAACACCAAGCGUUACACGUCCCUCUUUGCCGAGGCCUGCGAUGAUCUCUCAAAGGACAUUGCCGUGACAAACGAGAACGCCGAGAGGACGCCUCUCGAUACAUACAUCCAGCACCGCAUUGCUCUGCUCAACAGCAACCAACCGGAAGGUGCAGAGGUUGAUCCCCGCACACGUUACCCGGCUUCUCUUCUCCGCAGAUAUGAGGUCAUGUUCAAGCCUCCAAGCACACAGAAGGGCCGCAGCAUCCGCCAAGUCGACGCAAAGGACAUUGGCUCCCUCGUUACCGUCGAAGGCAUUGUGACGCGUGCCACUGCGGUAAAGCCGCUCAUGUCGGUUGCGACGUACUCGUGCGACGCGUGCGGGUCUGAGGUGUACCAGGAGGUGAAGAGCCCCAACUUCAUGCCCCAGUUCUCGUGCACGAGCGAGGUGUGCGCCCAGAACAAGCAGCGUGGGCGCCUCACCCUGCAGACGCGCGGCUCAAAGUUUAUCCGCUUCCAGGAAAUCAAAAUCCAAGAAAUGGCGCGCCAUGUCCCCACGGGCCACAUCCCGCGCACCAUGACAGUGCAUGUGUUUGGCAAGAACACGCGCGUGGCCUUCCCUGGCGACGAAGUGACCAUCACAGGCAUCUUCCUGCCCGUGCCGUAUACGGGCUACCGCGCCAUCCGCGCAGGUUUGCUCUCAGACACAUACCUCGAAGCGCAGCACAUUGACAAGCGCAAGAAGACACACGCAGAGCAGUCGCUGACAGAGGAGAUGCGCGCCGAGAUUGAGGAGAAGGCUGGGGAGCCCGAAAUCUACGACCAGCUGGCGUCGUCCAUCGCUCCGGAGAUUUACGGCCACGAGGACGUCAAGAAGGCGCUGCUGCUGCUGCUCGUUGGCGGCGCAGACAGGAAGCUUGCAGACGGCAUGAAGAUCAGGGGCGACAUCAACGUCUGCCUGAUGGGCGAUCCCGGUGUUGCCAAGUCGCAGCUGCUGAAGAAGGUGGCAGAGCUUGCGCCGCGUGGCGUGUACACCACGGGCCGCGGUAGCUCCGGCGUCGGUCUCACAGCCGCCGUCAACAGAGAUCCCAUCACCAAAGAGCUUGUGCUUGAGGGCGGCGCGCUUGUGCUUGCGGACAUGGGCGUCUGCUGUAUUGAUGAGUUUGACAAGAUGGAAGAAGGCGAUCGGACUGCGAUUCACGAGGUGAUGGAACAGCAGACCAUCUCCAUUGCAAAGGCCGGCAUCACCACCACCCUCAAUGCACGUGCUGCCAUCCUCGCCGCCGCUAACCCGGCAUACGGCCGAUACAACAUCAAGCGGUCGCCCACGCAAAACAUUAACUUGCCUGCGGCGCUGCUGUCUCGCUUUGACCUCAUGUUUCUCCUCCUCGACCGUCCAAACCUCGACGCCGACCUCAGGCUUGCGCGACACAUCACAUAUGUGCACGCCCACAACGAUUUCCCAACAGAGGGGAGGGAGCCGCUCGAAGUUGAUUUUCUCAGGAACUACAUUGCGGUUGCCAAGACCUUCGAGCCAUACAUCCAUCCCGACCUCACAGAUCACAUCACUGGCGUCUACGCAAAGAUCCGCGAAGACCAGGAGGAGAGUGUGGAUGAUACGCACAUCACUGCGCGAACACUGCUUGCCAUUCUCCGUCUCUCCACAGCGCUGGCCAAGCUUCGUUUCAGCAACGAGGUUGUGCAGGAGGACUUUGAGGAAGCGCUUCGCCUGAUGCACUCCAGCAAGGCGUCUGUGCUGGAGGCCAAGGAGACGCAGCGCAAGCGCAAGGAUCCCAUCAAGGACAUUUACGAGAUUAUCAAGGACAUGAAGCACAGGCACAAGACAUCAGACCUCAGGAUGUCCGACGUGGAGCGUGUUGUGUCGACCAAAGGUUACGGCAUGCAGCCGCUGGAGAAGUGCAUUGCAGAGUAUGAGGCCCUCAACGUGUGGAUGCGCACCGGUGAUGGACACCGUCUCAAGUUCAUCUGAUUCGCUGUGCUCGAUGUCAUGCCCUGUUGUGUAUGUGUGUGUGUGUGUGCGUCAUCUCCGUAUCUUCCAUGCAUUCCCGCUUUGUGUACCCUUUGUCUUUAGCUUGCUCGAUGUUUUGUUUGUCUGGACGUUCUGUGUUGCCGCGUUGCUAUGCCGUUCGCUUGCUUGGUCCGGCAUUACCCCUCUUGCUCGUUGACUGCACACAAACACACUUGCACACAUGCACACACGAGCACACAUGCCAUUCUUCCGCCCUUGCCAUGUCUCUCGCUUACGUUUCUCUUUGAAUGAACAAAUGCAAAUCAACGCAAA